AUGCCUACUCUUAUUGAGUUAGAGCAGCUUCUAGACAUUGCGCUCACGGCACCAGAAGUAGGUACCGUAAAUUUUAACAUUUUGCGAGUGUUUCUACAAGAAAUUCUGAAACACCUCAACAUCGAAAAUAAGCCUGUGGAUAUCGACAACCUUGAAAGAGAACUCAAAUCGGCGUACGACUUCAUUAAAGAUGGCUUUGUUGAAAUUAGUUCAAAAAGUAGCGAAAGAACACCAGAAUCAGCCCAGAAGCCAAACAUCGUCAUCAUUGAAACUGAGCAAGAGAAAGAGAUAGCAAAGGAAGAAACCGAGGAAGAGCAGUCGACAUCCGAAACACCUGUUAUAGCAGUGGAGGAGAAAAAAUCACCGGAGCUCGAGAGGACGCAGGAAUCAAAAAGGGCGACUUCAUCUCCGAAACCUGGAACUGCGCUUUCUGUACGAGAUCACUCUCCUGUAACUCGAAGUUCCGUGUUGUUGGUCGGGCGAACAGAUUCCCUUAAGAACUUGAAGAGAAUGGUUUCUGAGCUCCAAGAACGAGUGGAGACUCUCGAGUUGCAGCCUGCUCCCAUGCCUGAUCCCGUUAAGUCUGUUGCGUCCUUAGUUAGAAAAGAAAGCAGGACUCCUGCGCAUGACUUUGUGGAAUUAAUAAACAUCAAGCGAAAGCUCGAAGCAUCAGAGAAUUCUAUUGACGGUUUAAGUGAGAUGGUUGACGCCCUGACUUCUGAUGUGAAUGAAUUGAAGGAACUCAUGGCCAGUGCCAGCAAAGCUCCAGGUUAUGCUACCUCCAAUAAAGGAGAACUUAUUAAAAAUUGUUUCGAAGCGCUGAAAGAGGAGAACGGCAAAAAUGAAGGUCAGAUUGAGGAAAUAUCACAGCAAUUGCAAAAAUUGUCAUGCAACGAGAAGAAAUUAGAUGAAUUAGAGGGCAUGCUUACCGGGCUAAAAGCGGCCAUGGAAGAACUUAAAAACAAUCAGAAUUGUAAGGAAAAGAUUCAGGUAAAUGGAAAGGACCAAGACCAAGAACCUACAAACUGUGUAACUUCCGAUGUUUCCGAAGCCCUACAAAAACUUGAAAAGCACGAGAAGCAACUUGAAGAAUUAGCAGCUCAAAUUCAGUUAAUAGAAGGGAAAAUUAACGAAACAGACGCGAGGUUCGGUGGAACAGAGCAAGCCGCAAGCGAUGCGUUAGUGAGACUUGAAGCGUGUACCAAAGGAGUCAACGACAUCCGAGACCAACUGGCAUCAUUAACUAGAGAAAUCAACAAUCACAAGUCACUUAUUGAGGACAAUGAAAUGCAAAUCCAUCAACUGAAGAAUACGAUGACACUUCUGCAGCGCAAAAGUCCGGAGAAAGCCAAUGAGGGAGCGGAAAAGAGUAAAGGUACGGAGAACUAGACAUCCUUAUUAGAAAUAGCCAAUCAGAAGUAUGUUGCAGUUUUAAUACAGCGUUGUUAGCAACCAGGGGCCGGUUGCUCGAAGCCUGGUUAGCGCUAACCGUUGGUUAAGAGGUAUCAAAAUGUAUAGGUUGCCAUGGUAUUUAACGCUGGUUAGCACUAACCAUGCUUCGAGCAACCCGGGCCAGGGAGUGCUUUAUCGCGUUCGUCAAAACGCAUUCUAAUCUGGUGUUCCUGUAGCACUAAGGCAAUAAUUCGAGCAAGCACGGGCGACUGCAAAUUAGCCGCCCCUACUAAUUUUAUCAGGAGCACCUCGGCCGAGAAACUGGACUCCUUUGGACUCGAUUUCGUUUCCGUAAUUUUUCCGUAAGUGACGAACGCGAUCCGUAAUCAAUGAUUACCUCUAGUUUUAAGAUAAUAAGAAAAUACCGUAUUAUAUCAGUCGGCACUCAAGAUGCAAUUAAACUGUAAGAAGUCAGAAAAAACCCGCAAAUUGUGUUGAGACUCGAACGCAUUGUAGAUAUUGCGCACAGUGGCUUAAGUAAUUAUUUACUGCGGCAAGAUUAGCUCAGUCGGUAGAGCGCUUCACUGCAGAGCGGGAUGUGGUGGGUUUGAUUUUCGGGGCCGGACCAAGGUACUCAUAACCUGCGAGGACAUCCGGUUUUUUCGGCUUUAGCUUGACUCGGAGGGAGAGAAGGGUCUUAAAAUAACUGUAAAAUUAAGGCACUGCCUUUGCAAACGGCUAGACUUUCGCGUGGCUAGGAUGACCACGUAAAAUGCACACGCGUCAGAGUCAGAUGGGAGUCCCGUCUCUAGUGAGAGACGAAACAAUAGUGUCCUCAAUUAGUACCCGCGUGGUUAAUACAUUGAUAAUUAAAUAAAGAGCAUUUUUAAAAUUAUAUCGAAUGUAACUGGCACCCAGCGCGGAAAAAAAUGUGCCACUUAAAUACCAAAUUCUGCAAAGCAAAGGUCAGUGUUGGACAACGUACUAAUCACAGCAGAGAUAAAUGAAGUGUGUCACUAUCUACACUGCAAGUGACAAUUGAAAUAUGUUAUUUUUUCCUCAGUAAUAAUAGAAGAAAAGCCAAAAGAGCCUGCCGAAAAGCCCACUCUCAGGCGCCGUACGCACAGUGUGGACCGAGAUGAAUUGAGUCUAAUUAGGACCAUGAUCUUCGAUCUGCAAGAAGAGAAAGAUAAGUUGAAGCAAACAGACAUGCGCUUAAGUGACGAGCUUUAUAAGAAGCAGAAACACUUGGACGAUCUUUAUAAUUUGAUCGAUGAGUUAAGGGAUGUAAAGGCAGAUAAGGAAGUUCUCAGCAUGGGCUUUGAGCUGAAAGCUGACAAGAGGGAAGUUGACGCGAAGAUCGGACGGCAGGAUUUUGAACAUUACAUGAGCCUUGUAGAUCAAUCAUUGAGGGAUCUACUGCAGAGGCUAGAUGGACAGGUAAGUUGUUGUUUUAUUUUACUACAGUAUAGUUGUUACAAACAUAGGACUGGUUAACCUAAUCUUAGCCUCAGACGUUUUUCUUUUUUUUUUCGACAAUUCGACAGCGCGUUAGCGAAGCGAGCCCCGGAGGGCGCGGUCCUAUGGCAAAAAAAUUCCGCUAACAAUUCUCAUAUCAUUCAAUCUGCCAAUGUGGCAAUAAACAAAAAGUAAUUCAUUAUGAUAGGCCUUCAAUCUAACCUUUUUUGACCUUUUUGCAGUUAGAGAAAAAAUUACAAAGCCUCUCUCUCCCUUCUCUCAAGAACUUUCAAAUCGUCACUGUUGUCGUUUGGCUACUUUUUAGGAGGACGCGUUGAGGCGAGCUCUUGAAGGACUCAACUCCGAUGUCGGUAAGAAGCUAGAUAAAGAAGAAGUGGAACCUUUAAAGCACUACCUGGAAAAGCGAAUGGAGGCCAUGAAACCGAAACCAAUAGAAAAGCCCCCUCCGGAAGAGUUGGCCGCAGGGAUUCGUAAGCAGUUCCUUGUAAAUCACAACUGCAUCUCAUGUGACCGUCCUGUGAAGUACGCCCGAGAGGGAACCUUUCCUCCAUUACCCACAAUGCACUCUAUGCCAGGAUCCAAAUCGAACCGUCCCUACACCACUUUCGAGCUGGAGCAGAUACGUCAGCACAUGCUACAGGGAGGACUGGCGGUGACCAAGGAAAGGUUUGAGCUGUUGGAGAGGCAAAGGAACAAACUACAGAAAGAAAUUUUAAGACUCAGGUAUGAAAAUCCACAUACAGGCAAAAAAAAAGUCAUGAUAAAUUUGACAGAAACUGAUGAUAUUUGGUGGAUGUGUGAAGCCUUUGUAGGAAGUAUGAAAAUACAUAUAUGUAAUAUCAAAGAGAAUCAACAAAUAUACGAAGAAAUCUAUACAGUUUGACUUUAAUGCCAGCGCGUUUCCGUCGAGGUUACGUAACGAAUGGGAAGUCCAUCCGCGUAUCUAGGAGAUAAAAAAAGACGCUUGCGAUGCAUGACACUCGAGGAGCAAUUUUAGUCCCCUGCCCGUGGAAGGGGCGCGGCACUCCGGUCAUGGGAUUAUGAACGUAGAAAAAAUGCAACUGAAGAAAGACUACCACUCUCUAGCUUUGGUAAUUUUUUGGUACAUUUCUUUUCUUCCUCAUUCCCCAAAAGUGCAAUUGAAUUAACAAAAUCAGCAGCUUUAUCCGAGAAAGUAUGCAACAGGUGCGAAUUUGCCGCGACUUUUACAAAGAUACGUUCAGUGUUAGCAAGCGUGAUACUUGCAGGAAAUUGUAGUGGGAUAACGAAAGUCUGCAAGCCCAUGUGGAAUCUUAAACUUUUUUCUUUCUUGUCUAUCAGCGGUGCGCGUAAUCUACAAGAGCUGGCUGAAGUCACAACAAGAGCAUGCGGGGGAGUCCACACCCUCACCUAUCCCGGUCAGGCUGUUGUUCGUGGGUUACAGCUUAAUAGGGACGACUUUGACCUCUUACUUCCCCAGAAAGAUUUUCAGCCGGUGGAUAUCCUCGGACAAGAUGGACACAUAUACAAGGGGCUCUUGGAAAGCCUUCCACCCACGCUUCCUCACAUCCCGCAGAAGGACAAGUCCCCUGGGAUAAAAAAUCCCCCACGGAAUUUAAGAAGGAGCACUACUCCGUCAUCCCCAAGCGUCCAAAAGACUCUCCCGGAUGAAGCGGAAAGUUCUUAA